UCGUCUUCGUCAAAGUCUAGAAAAACAAUCGCAACUGAAAACUCCCUCGAAUUAGGGUUUUUUUCCACCAAUUUUUCCCUCGUUGCGUGCCAGUCUGCUUCAGCUCUUCCCUUCCCCACUUCCCCUCGUCGCGAUCGCCAGUCCUCCGUUCGCAUCCGCAGCUGUGAUGCUUUUUACAACAUGGAGGGAGGAAUUUUGUAGUCAACCCUGCACUUGAUUGUGAUUGGGUUUGCAUUUUGGCAAACAUGGGCUUCCAUUUGAUCUUCUCAGGAUUACAAGGAGAAUUAGAUUGAAGCAGUAGUUAAAGUCAGUUUUACGAGUUCCCUUGGCAAAUUCUGAUCAAAUUUUGCUGAUUAUUAGAGGGACAGGGAGAGGAGACUAUGUCAAGUAGCAGAAACACCCAUUGGUGUUACAGCUGUAGACGGCCAAUAAGAUUACGAGGGCAAGAUGCGGUCUGCCCCAAUUGUCAUGGAGGAUUUAUUCAAGAACUUGAUGACAGGGUGCACACCAGCUCACUCGAUCUCUUUACAAUUGACAACGAUGAAGGUCGUGACCCACGGUAUCGGAUGAUGGAAGCAUUCUCGGCAUUGAUGGGGCAGCGAAUGGCAGAUAGAAGCCAUGGCCAUGACAUCAGGGGCAGAUCCGAUCUAUUCUCUGAGCAUAACUCUGGAGUCGGUCCUUUACUGAUAUUUGGCGGCCAGAUUCCUGUCAGGUUGUCUGGAAAUAAUGGAUUCGAGGCCCUUUUUAAUGGGGUUCCUGGAAUUGGAUUGACAAGGGGUAACGGGGGUGACUAUUUUAUAGGGCCUGGAUUAGAAGAACUGUUGGAACAGCUUUCUGCUAAUGAACAUCGGGGCCCUCCUCCUGCAGCAAGGUCUUCCAUCGAUUCCAUGCCCACUAUUAAGAUCUCGCAGAGGCAUCUUCGUUCUGACUCACACUGCCCUGUUUGUAAAGAAAAAUUUGAGCUCGGGUCAGAAGCUAGGCAAAUGCCAUGCAACCAUAUUUAUCAUUCAGAUUGCAUUGUCCCGUGGCUAGUCCAGCACAACUCAUGCCCUGUUUGCCGCCAAGAACUACCACCCCAAGGAUCGAGCAGCAGUCGCCCAACUGCUGCGAAUCGGAGCAGCAGCAAUAAUGGCAACAGCAGCGGGAGGGAGAGUCAAGGAAGGAGGAACCCCUUAUCAUACUUGUGGCCAUUCCGUUCGUCGAAUUCCAGCUCUCACAAUAGUGGAAACAGCCCGAGCAACACCCCGACCGUGCGCGAAAAUAACCCCCGCCAGAUGGGGUACUCUGGAUGGCCGUUUGACUGAAGUCAAUGCACCUUCAACACCCGACUGCUUUGCAAUUCUGAUAAAUGAUUCAUGGUAAGAGAAAUUGCUUGUAAUGGAACUGGCUCUUAGAGAUUGUGUGUUGUUUUAUGUCCGAUACCCUCUUUCUCUCCUGCCAUUUCUGUAAAACCGACUCGUUUGGUAAAAUUCUGUCCGAGGUGUUUCUAGCUGUAAUCUGUACUAUAUAAUUUUGCUCUUAAA